CUGGAUCCAUGGGGUCCUGCAGCGAGCGGACAGGAACAAGGACAACAAGAUGUCCUUCCGGGAGGUGAAGAGCAUGCUGAGGAUGAUCAACAUCGACAUGGAUGAUGACUACGCCUACAAGCUCUUCAAGGUACCUGUCCUGUGCUCUGUCACCCACAGUCCUCUGCUGCUGUCACUGGGAGGGAGUGCUGGCUUCCCAAGUUUUUGCCGGCGGCUUCUGCGCCGCCCGGAGCUGGAGGAGCUUUUCGGGCGUUACUCGGGUGAGGACUGCGUCCUGUCGGCCGAGGAGCUGCGGGAUUUCCUGCGGGACCAGGGCGAGGACGCCAGUCUGGUCCAGGCCCAUGCCAUCAUCCGCACCUACGAGCUCAACGAGAAGGCCAGGCAGCAGGACCUGAUGAUGCUGGAUGGCUUCAUGAUGUGCCUCCUCUCGGCCGCCGGCGACAUCCUCAACCAGGAGCACACCAAGCAAUCGCCCUACCCCGUCAUCCUGUCCCUGGAGAACCACUGUGGGCUGGAGCAGCAGGCCACCAUGGCCCGGCACAUGAAGGCCAUCCUGGGGGAUAAGCCGCUGGAGGGGCAGGACCCCCACGAGCUCCCGUCCCCAGAGCAGCUGAAGGGGAAGGUCCUGGUGAAGGGCAAGAAGUUGCCAGAGCCAUGGCAUGAGCCCCGGGGUGUCACCUCCCUUCCGGACCCCGAGGAGGAGGAAGAGGAGGAGGAGGAAGAGGAAGAAGAGAAGUUGCAGGAGAGAAGCAACCGGCGGGACGCGUCGCAGGUGGCCCUGGAGCUGUCGGCCGUGGUGGUGUACUGCCAAGCUGUCCCCUUCCCUGGCCUGGCCCAUGCCCUGCGCCACCCUCGGCCCUGUGAGAUGUCCUCCUUCAGCGAGAGGAAGGCUCGGAAGCUCAUCAAAGAGGCGGGCCCGGCGCUGGUCCGGUACAACGCCCGGCAGCUCAGCCGCGUCUACCCGCUGGGGCUGAAGAUGACCUCGUCCAACUACAACCCUCAGGAGAUGUGGAACGUGGGCUGCCAGCUGGUGGCGCUCAACUUCCAGACGCCGGGCUACGAGAUGGACCUGAACACCGGGCGCUUCCUGGGCAACGGGUGC